UUCCGCAGGAUAUUUGUGAAGUGCUCAAAAGCAAAACAGAAAUUUUCGCAAUCAUGAAGCUGGUGUGGUUUGGAGUGGUUGCCUUGGUGGUCGGAGCUGCAGCUCAGGAACCUGCUGAACAGGAGUUUCAAUACAGUCUAAGGGACUUCAUCAAGCAUUUGAUGAAUCUGGAGAAACUUCGAGAUCAGGAAGCAGAGACGGAGUUCUUGGAUGCUCCAGCAACGAGUCAGCAGCAGCAGAUCGUCUACGACGAACCCGACCCAGCAGCCUUCAUCGGAGCAGAAGCAUUGCAGCACGGCAACGUGUACUCCGUCUACGGCGACAAAUUCGAGUCCGAGGGCAAGUCUUCUUUCCACGCCCGCCCAAAGAGACAAACGAGCUCAUCGUCGUCAGUCGCGAGCUCCGUGCCGCAGACGGACGCCAACGGCAACCGCCUGUCCACCUUUUUCUCCAACGUGACAUCGUUGAAUGACGUGUACGGAUCUGCAAUCGGCACUCGGGCUUUGAGGACCAAGCGCGAAACCCAGGACCACCUUGCGGCCCUCUUGCGACCCAUCCACGAAAUGUUCGGGAUCGUGGACGAGACAACCAGGGCAGUUUUCAAAGACGUCUUGCCCAAGGAUCGGAAUGAUGACCCGUCAGGAGUCAAGCUUGUACCGAUCGCACAACCCAUCUUCGUGCCCAUCCAGUUUGACCCCAGCAGAUUCACUCAAGCCCUGGAAAAGGCCGCCAUGCCUUUCCUGAAGGCAUUCGCCAAUUUGACCAGCGAAUUGGCGCUCGCCGUCAGAGAAACGGCCCCAACAACAGCCCCGGAAGUUCCGUUCCUUCUUGCCAGCUUGUAG